AGCAAAUCACAAAUUAACCAUAUAAAUUGUUCAACACCAAUCUGGAAAACUCAAGAAAAUUGAAGCAGUCAUGCAGAUUGCUGCGUUAAUCGAGAAUCUAGUUAGGAUGGACAAAGCAACGGAGCUGGGAGUAAGAGCAAAGUUUGGUAGAGUUUGAGUGGAAGUUGACCUUACCCUGCCGCUGCUAGGGCAAUAUUAAGUUGAAGGAGUCAAAUACCUCAUUGAGUAUGAAGGCCUGCAAUAUAUUUGUAGCAAUUGUGGAAAGUACGGAAAACAGACAAAUAUGUGUGACUGCACGAAAUCAUCACCAAUGGGAGAGAGGAGGAAGAGGUAAUGGAGGCUCCUAAAACUCAAGCAGAAGAUCCCGCAAUGGGACAAACCUUUGGGGUCUGGAUGACGGUUCAAAAGAAGUUACGUAGAUCGAUAAGGAGGGAGAUGCAUGGGGCUAGGGUGAAUGAAGGAUAAAGGAAGGGGAGAAGUAGCGAGGAGAAGAGCAAUCGAUUUAAUAUUUUGGGGGAGGAUGGUAUCGUGAAGGACCAAGAAACAUGGAGGGAGGAAAGAAGGAAGAAUGAAGCAGAGGUGGACCUGUGGAAUGAUGUGGGUAAUGAAAGCCAUGCACACGUGAAGAUGACAAAACAAGACAAGAUUCCAGCAAAGGGAUCAAAGCCAAUGAACUCCGGGGCUAAAUCGAAGACAACGCCGAGACGGGUGCAUACUCAUACCACACAGAAGGGACCAAGUCAAUUACCGAUAAAACAAACCAAGGGUGGGCAAAAAGGAGGUAACAUCGAGAGCUUGAAGGGAGGAAAAGAAGGAGAAAGAGACCUAACAAAAGACUCUACAGGAUCACUACAGGGGAAAAGGUGAUAGAAGGAAAAAUGUUGAUGGUGCAGGGAACCUAUCCCCUUUGGGUAAUAAAUGAGAAUUCUGAGUUAUAACUGUCGCUGUCUGGGGAGUAAGCGUUCAGUUAGAGCCCCCCGGUCGUUGUUUCGGUGUACCUCUCCCCAUAUAGUUUUAAUGGAAAUGAAACAAACUAGAGAAGAGAAUAAUAGCACAUGGAAAGAGCUGGGAUUUGCGAGUGGUGAAAGCUGGCCUUGUGAUGGUUCGGGAAGGGGAAGAGCAGGUGGUCUCUGAGUAUGGUGAAAAGAGGAAGUCAAGUUGACUAUGAUGGGAGCUGAUUUACAUAAUAUGGAUAUGAAGGUUGAGAGUGAUCGGGAUGAAUAUGGCAGUUUACAGGGGUUUAUGGCUGGCCGAAAAGCAAAGAUAAAUAUAAAACCUGGGAAAUGCUAUGAUGGCUCGGGCAUUUGGGAUGGCCCGUGGUUGUGUGCGGGAGAUUUCAACCAGGUACUUACGACAACUGAGAAGAGGAGUGGUAGAGAGGUAAACAUUGAGAGAUGGAAGCGUUCGCAGACUGUAUUGGCAAUAUUGAGCUUCAUGAUCUUGGCUUCUCAGGUUAUCAAUUUAUGUGGGAGAAAAACAAGCAAGGAGGCGGAUUCAUAGAAGAGAGAUUGGACUGUUUCCUUGCCUCGAUUAGAUGGGGCGAUCGGUUCAAGGAAGCAAGGAUGCGUCAUAUGGACAAGAGGAGAUCAGAACAUCGUCCCAUUAUUGGCAAGACAUGUGGUGAUGAGGAUGAGGAACCAAAGUGGGGAUGGAACUUUCGUUUUGACCCAUUCUGGACUAACCACGCUGAGUGUGCAGGUGUGAUCAAGGAAGCGUGGAAUGAAGAGAGCGGUGUUGAUGUUGUGUCAAAAAUCAACACUGUAGGACAAAAUUAGACACUUGGAGUCGAAGGACGUUCCCAAACUUCAAAAAGAAAAGUGUCCGGAUUGGAAGAGCUCUUAAGGCUUUGGAGAGAUCAGUGAAAACUGAAGCAAUUUUGCAAUAGCAUAAGGAACUGGAAACUAAACUUGAGCAGCUUGAGGAAGAAGAAGAACAAUACUGGCAACAGAGGUCACAGACGCAUUGGUUGAAGAGUGGGGAUAAGGACACAAAUUUCUUUCAUAGGAAAGCUUCUGACCGUAGAAAAAGAAACACAAUUAAGCGGCUGCGUGAUGAAGAGGGGCAUUGGUUCUUGGGAACCAAGAAUGCUACUGAUUGUCUCUAAUACUAUUUUGUGCCACGUUUUCCGCUGGCGAGGUGCCAAAUGAAACGAUGGUCCGAGACUCUAUACAAAAAUUGGUUGGAACAGAAGAUAAUGUCGAGCUGAUAAAGCAGGUUACUAGAGAGGAAGUGGGGGCAGCGUUGAAGCAAAUGGGAGCUCGGAAGGCGCCUGGGGCAGACGGUUUACCGGUACUCUUAUUUCGGACAUAUUGGGAGGUGGUGGCGGAUGAUGUAGUUGCUACGGUCAAGGGAAUUAUCGAGGAAGGGGUUAUGCCGUCGGGAAUAAAUCAUACGCUUAUAGCAUUAAUAUCUAAAGUAAAAACUCCUUUCUCACAAAAGGAGUUCCGACCGAUUAGUUUGUGCAAUGUAAUUUACAAGAUGGCAUCGAAGGUGCUAGCUAAUCGGUUGAAAGGUCUCUGGAUAAGAUAAUCUCACUAGCGCAGAGCGCUUUUGUGCCGAGAAGGUAUAUUACCGAAAACGUGAUAACGGCCUUUGAAUGCUUCCAUAUGAUGAAGAAGAGGACAAAAUGAAGGGUUGGCUACUUCUCCGCAAAGAUUGAUAUGGCAAAGGCGUAUGACCGGGUUGAAUGACAUUUCUUGGAAGGAGUUAUGAGAAAGAUGGGGUUUGAUGAGACAUGGAUUCAACAGGUUAUGUUGUGUGUGCGUUUAGUAACAUACUUUGUUCUAGAAAAAUGGACAUCAGUCGCAAUAGUUCACACCAAGCAGAGGGUUACAGGCUUACGGCAAGGGGACCCAGUUUCCCCAUAUCUUUUUCCUUCUUUGCGCGGAAGGUUUGCCAGCAUACACAAAGAAAGCUAUUAAGGAGAAACGCUUACAUGGACCGAGGCCAGUUGUAGGGGCGCUUGUUUUUCGCUAAUGACUGCAUUUUCUUUGGUAGGGCGACACAGCAUGAAUGCAGUACGUUGAAGGGAUUUUGGCCGACUAUGAACGAGAAUCCGGGCAACUGGUGAGUUAUCAGAAGUCCAAAGUGUCUUUUAGCAAGAGCGUAUUACUACGGAAUAGAUUGAUAGUCGGAGGAACGUUGGGAAUGACUAUGGUAGAGAAGCACGAAAAUUACCUGGGUGUAGCGGCCACAACUAGUAGAUCGAAGAAAGAACUCUUUAAGGAAUUAGUAGAUCGGGUUUGCAAGAAGAUGAAAGGUGGAAGGAACAAGUUAUGUCGGUUGCGGCGAGAGAAGUUCUGAUAAAGUCAGUUUUCCAGGCUCAAUUAUCGUACGCUAUGUCGGUUUUCAAGAUCUCGGAUGGUAUCAUCGACCAGGUAUAUAGUCUGAUUACGACAUUCUUGUGGGGGCAGCAAGGUUCAGAAAGAAGGGUCCACUGGAUUAGAAGGGAGGAACUGGUCUGUCCUAAGAUGGAAGGUGGAAUGGGUUUCCGGUAGAGCUGCAAAUGAGCCGAGUCGAAUCGAGUUUUUGCUUAGCUUGAGCUCUCCUCAUUUGUAAAUUUUUCAGCUCGAGCUCGAGCUCGGCUCGAACUUGAAUUUUGAUAAUCUAGCUCAAGCUCGAGUUUGGCUCGAUUAAAAAUAAUCUAUUUAGAGAUCGACUUGGUAGAGCUCGGUAAAUGCUCAUUAACACAACUUGGCAAACUGAGUACAAGCUCGGCUCAAAAUGAGAUAGAUUUGAAAUCAUUCUUGCUGAAAAAUGUGUACAAAAUAAGAAUUUACAUGAUAAAAAGAACACUAGAAACUAAAAAUAACAGCUAAAUUCCAUACACAUCCUAUUAACAAGAUAAUGUUCAUAUUCAGAAGAGUAAUUAAUCCUUCCACAAGCUCUAAACAAGCCAGCUUGUGAGCUUAGCUCAACAAGCCACCGAGUCAAGCUAGCUCACGAGCUUAUCAAGCUGAGCAUGGUCUAGCUCAAGCUUGGCUCGUUCACUAACGAGUCGGCUCACGAGUCGGCUUGUUAAAUAACGAGUCGAGUAUCGAACGAGUUUUUUCUGAUUUGAACCCUGAGUUGCUCGCGAGCGGCUUGACUCAUUUGCAGCCCUAGUUUCCGGGAUUUGCGUGGCUUUAAUGUGGCUCUCCUUGCAAAACAGAUGUCAAAUCUAUAUCAACGACCCAAGUCACCGAUUGCUAGAAUCAUUCGGGCUAAUUACCAUAAGAAUUCUUCUAUCUUGGAGGCAAGCAUCAGAUACAAACCUAGUUUUAUAUGGGGAAGUUUGAUGUCGGUACAAGAUUUUCUCCAUAGUGAGUUGCGCUGGCGAAUAGGAAAUGGGGAGAUGGUGAGAAUCUGCGGGGAUAAAUGGCUACCUAAUAGUCCUAAAGGUUUUGUUACGUCGCCGCCUAGAGGGAUGCCAGUUGAUUAUUAUGUUAGUGAGUUAAUAGAUCCAAUCACGGAGGGUUGGGACAAGGCGCUGCUGGAAAGCUGCUUCACAAGUGAUGUAGUCCAGUCACUAGUGUAUUUUACAGAUCCCACUAUGUGGCAUUCAGGAACUUGAUCGGCUCAUUUGGAGCUCGAGUGUUAAUGGGGGAUACUUUGCGCGUGAAAGAUACUACCACUGGCUGCAGGUACAGACGGAGGAGAUGGAGAUAGAACCGACAGGAGAAGAAUUGGUGUGGAAGAAGUUGUGGUCAAUGGAAGUUGCACUGAAGAAUAAACACUUUCUAUGGAAGUUUGCGAAGGAUGUGCUCCCAACAGGUGACCAUAUCAGCCUUAAAAGUAAAAAACGUGGAGAUAAGUGUCCGUUUUGCGAUCUACUGGAGACACAAUUUCUUUUGUUUGGGGACUAUUCUUGGACAUGCCGCAUCUAGAGGGGGUUUGAGGUUUCUGAAUACUUAACUAUUGCCCAACACAAGAUUGCUUUCAAUGGUUGAAGAACGUAAUGGCUUAUGGGAAUGAAGAAAAGCUGGAAAUUUGG